UCGUGUAAGGGCUAUCGUGUAACCAUUGUGAGUGCUAUGAGACACAAAGAUUAUAUUGAAAACUAAGACAUUCCAUAUUUCCAUAUGAAGUUGGUUUUUGGCACAAAGAAAUAGUAAAAGAAAGAGAUUACAGCAGCUAUUUUGACCAUAUGUUGUUGGCCGGAUAAAUAUAUACUCCAUUUUCCAACCGCCAGAUCGUAAGAAGCGCACACCAACACACCGUAGAGAAAAACUCCCAAUCCGCCAAAAUAGAGUCCGAUCGGAAGAGGAAACCGUCGGCGGAUCGCGCCGACCACCACCACCACCACCACCACCACCACCACCACAAGCACAAGCACAGCAGCAGUAAAAAGACCAAAAUGUCCUCUUCGGAGAAAGUCAAGGCUUCGCACAUUCUCAUCAAGCACCAGGGCUCCCGCCGCAAGUCCUCCUGGAAGGACCCCGACGGCACCCUCAUCUCCGCCACUACCCGCGACGACGCCGUCUCCCAGCUCCAGGACCUCCGCCGCGACAUCCUCGCCGGCGUCGCCUCCUUCCAGGAACUCGCCACCAAGCACUCUCACUGCAGCUCAGCCAAGCGCGGCGGCGAUCUCGGUUCAUUUGGAAGGGGUCAGAUGCAGAAGCCUUUCGAAGAAGCGACAUUUGGUCUUAAGGUGGGAGAGAUAAGCGAUAUCGUGGACACUGAUAGUGGAGUUCAUAUCAUCAUCAGAACAGCCUAAUUCUUUUGCCUAUACCAAAAUUUGUUUGCCAUUUCAGUUUUAUAUGUUGUCAUACUUACACUCAAAUCACAUACAGUAUAUGAUAUCAUUUCUGUGAUGGGUUCUUA